AAGAGUUUUAUUACUGAUAAAAAUAUAUUUGUCAUUUAGUAGUUUAAUUCUUGCAAAACUUAUACUAAAAAGUUAUAGCAUUUUGAAAUGUCGGCGAUAUAUGACUUUUCGGGAAAAGUAGCGCUAAUAACGGGUUCGUCUUCAGGCAUCGGUGCGGCCACUGCUCUACUAUUGGCCAAAAGUGGUGCCAAUGUUGUAAUCACUGGACGUAAUGCCGAUAAUGUGUCCAAAGUAUGCGAAGAGUGUACAAAAUUGUCGCCAAAAGGUCUGAAAGCACUUCCAGUGGUGGCAGACGUGACCAAAGAGGCAGAUCUCGACCGACUUCUCGACACUACUAUUAAAACAUUUGGAAAAUUAGAUAUUUUGGUCAAUAACGCGGGUUUCGGAAGCUUUUCCCAGAUAUCAGACGCCGAGUAUCUUAAAACUCAACGAUCAGUGUUUGAAACAAAUCUUAAUUCUGUGAUAUAUUUAACCCAUAAAUCGAUACAAUAUUUGAAGAAAACUAAAGGAAACAUAAUUAACAUUUCGAGUGUCGCUGGCAUACAGUCUGCCAAAGGGAUGUCAGGCUAUUGUAUGUCAAAAGCAGCGCUGGAUAUGUUCACCAAAUGUAUUGCCGUUGAUUUGGGCUCAAAAGGCAUUCGCGUUAAUUCAGUCAAUCCCGGAGCUGUUCGCACAAACAUUUUGAGAGAUAUGCCGGUCACUGAUGAGCAAACCAAUGCCAUUUGGGACGCUAUGAGCAGUAUAUACCCGGUUGGCAGGUGUGGGGAGUCAGUAGACAUUGCCAACGCUGUUGCCUACCUGGCCAGUGAUCAAGCUAGUUUUGUGACUGGUACAAUACUAGUAGCUGAUGGCGGGCACCUUGCUGCUAAUGUCAACUCGGGAUUUGAUUAAUCAAUUCAUUUUACUAAUAAAUCAU